GGUUUCAGUAAGGGAGGGGGUGAGGGGGAUCCAUACCUAUAUAUACACAAGGCGUCCAGCUGCCAGAUGGGGGCUUUACUGUCUUUUGGAGGACUGCAGGAGCUCUUGCAAAACCUCAUUGGUCCAAACAUGGCUCAUGCAUGGGGAUACGCUGCGAAUAACGGACCAGACAAAUGGGUUGAUUCUUUCCCCAUCGCCAACGGACCGCGUCAGUCGCCCAUUGACAUCAUCCCGGGCCACGCGUCCUACGACGGCGGGCUGAAGCCGCUCAGCCUCAAGUACGACCCGUCCACCUGCCUGGACAUCCUCAACAAUGGCCAUUCCUUCCAGGUCACCUUCAUGGACGACACCGACAGCUCCAUCCUGACCGGCGGCCCCGUCUCGGGCGUGUACCGCCUCAAGCAGUUCCACUUCCACUGGGGGGCUUCUGACGACAGGGGCUCGGAGCACACGGUGGCCGGGAACAAGUACCCCGCUGAGCUUCAUCUGGUGCACUGGAACACCAAGUACGCCAGCUUCGGUGAAGCCGCCGGCCAGCCGGACGGGCUCGCCGUCGUGGGAGUCUUCCUGCAGAUUGGUGAUGAAAACGCCAGCCUGCAGAAGGUUCUGGACGCCUUCGGGGACAUCAAGACCAAAGGCAAGCAGACCACCUUCCCUGGCUUCGAUCCCGCCACCUUGCUCCCCCCUUGCCUGGACUACUGGACCUAUGACGGCUCCCUGACCACGCCCCCUUUACUGGAGAGCGUCACCUGGAUCGUCUGCAAGGACCCCAUCAGCGUCAGCUCGGCGCAGAUGGGCAGAUUCCGCAGCCUGCUUUUCACCGCCGAGGGCGAGGCCGAGUGCUGCAUGGUGGACAACUACCGUCCCCCGCAGCCGCUCAAAGGGCGCCAAGUGCGCGCUUUCUUCAAGUGAGCAUGUCCGUACCCUCCCUCACCCGCUCCCCCCUCCCCUCCUUAGCCCUGGAAUUACAGUGCGCACCAAAGGUCACGUAUCUCCACUUCCGUCCGACAUUCCCGGCACGGGAUUUUGAUUCCGGUUGAUUGAAAGCCACGCGGAGCGCCUGGCGGGGGUCUUUUUUUCCGAGGGUUUUCCCGGGAGCUCCCGGGACGCCAAACGUGGACCGGACGUUGGCCGCCGGCGUCGCACGGCCCGACCCCGCUGAUCGAUUUCUGGAUUCCCACACAUCCGCCGCCGCGGGACGCCAGGGCGGCCCCGCCCACGCGUCACCCUGUCUUGUGUUUUCAUUCCCUUUUCUGCAAAAAAUGAUGCAAAAGGUGUCAAAAGUGUGCCGCAAGGCUGAAAAGGCGCACGACCAAUCACAGCCAAGAAGACGAGACGCUGCCAAAUGACAAAACUCCACACUCAACGCAUGAGUUUGAAAUAAGCUCCUCCCACCGCUCUUCAUCCUCAACCGUCACGAAUAAAGAUUGUAAUUCACGGAAUUUUUAAGGAUGAAAAAUGCCGUAUUGUGCCAGUAGAUGUGUGUUAUCCUCUUUGGAAGUGGACACUUGACCAGUGGAAUAAAUCUAUUUUAACACUUAAA